AUGCUGUCCAAGAUCCUUAUCUCCCUCUUUACCAUCACGGCUACCUUCGCGGGCAUGACUUUCGCGUCGCCCGCCCCCAAGACCGAUGACACUCACAUUGGUACCCAUGCCCCCGCCAUGGCUGCUCGCGACAUCGACGUCGCGGCCACAUCCGGCAAGUUCACGUACUACAACCAGGGCCUCGGCGCCUGCGGCCAGAACUACGGUGACGGCGACUACGUCGUUGCGCUCAGCCAUGCUGAUUUCGACCUGUCGACCCCCAACGGAAACCCAAACAACAACCCUCUGUGUGGCAAGCGGCUGCGUGCCUCUUACAACGGCAAAAGUGUUGAGGUCACCGUUGUCGACCGCUGCGUGACUUGUAAUUCUGAGGACCUGGAUCUCAGCCCUGCCGCCUUCGGCGCCCUCGCCGACCUCAGCGUCGGUGUCAUCCAGGGCACAUGGGACUACAUCUAA